ACUUCCCCUAAAUCAGGGGUGUCAGACUCCACUCCUUGACCUAGGAACAAUGGAACAAUGAGCAACCAAUUUUUCUUUUGCAAUCCCAAAAUGUGUGCAUCCGUUAACCAAUAUAGCGAACAUCAAUAAGCGCUUAAACACACCGAGCCUUUAGAACAAACUGCGCCUGUAGCUCGACUCGACCGUAAUGAUGAAGUCGGAUUGUGGAAAUCUGGCAACCUAGCAAACGGCUUGGAGGGCGAGUGGAAGGAGAGCCGUAAAGUGGCAGGGAGGUCAUUGGAAAGUGAGGGUCCUUGAUCAACACGGGGGGAUAGAUUUGCGGUAGCUUCACAUAGUUAGCUACUGAUAAAAAGAAAACUGGAAAUCGCCCGUUUUUAGUACAGGAUCGCUUCCCGUAUAGAUCCUAUUGCAACUACGCUUUGUUUAGAAAUUGCCAGGUAGUCAGGAUGCUACGUUUGGUGGUGCGGUUGAGACAGUCUGCAUGUCUCAAACGGUCCGGUCUGCACUCGGGCCCUACUCUGAGCUCGCGAGCCGAACCGGGCACCAGACACCUGAAUCGGUACCACACUGGUGGCUACUGUAGGAUUAGACCUUUGUCUCAUGUCACGAAAUUCAGCAACUUUACCAACAGAAAUGGUUUCGUGCCACGCGGUCAGAUUGCAAGUAUCCACCAGAGCCAACGGUACUACAGUAUACCGCCUCAUCAAAAGGUGCAGCUACCCGCUCUGUCCCCCACAAUGCAAACGGGCACCAUUGCUCGUUGGGAGAAGAAAGAAGGGGAGAAGAUUGCAGAAGGAGACCUGAUUGCAGAGGUGGAGACGGACAAAGCGACCGUGGGAUUUGAGAUGAUGGAUGAGUGCUACCUGGCCAAGAUCCUGGUUGCCGAGGGAACGAGGGAUGUGCCCAUCGGUUCGGUCAUCUGUAUCACGGUGGACAGCCCCGACCUCAUCCCUGCAUUUAAGGAUUACUCUCUGGAAAUGGCUACCGCUUCCUCCGCCCCAGCCGCUGCUGCGACCCCUCCCCCUCCCCCGCCCACUCCUGCCGCAGCCCCCCCGCAGGCCCCAGGCAGCUCGUACCCCUCUCACAUGAAGAUCUUGCUGCCCGCGCUCUCGCCCACCAUGACCAUGGGCACUGUGCAGCGCUGGGAGAAGAAGGUGGGCGAGAAGUUGAGCGAGGGAGACCUGCUGGCCGAGAUCGAGACCGAUAAGGCCACAAUCGGGUUUGAGGUGCAAGAGGAGGGCUACCUGGCCAAGAUCAUGAUCGCUGAGGGCACCCGGGAUGUCCCCCUGGGAACUCCGCUCUGCAUCAUCGUGGAGAAGGAGGCCGACAUCAAGGCCUUCGCGGAUUACGUGGAGACGGGCGUGGCAGAGAUCAUGACUCCUCCUCCCCCACCAGCCCCGGUAGCAGCCCCCACUCCCCCCCCUGCUCCCGCCGCGGCCCCUGGUGCGCCCCCCGCGGCGGCCCCUAAGGACAGGGUGUUCGCCAGCCCUCUGGCAAAGAAGCUGGCUGCUGAGAAGGGCAUCAGCCUCGCUCAGGUCAAGGGGACGGGCCCAGACGGAAGGGUCACCCGGAAGGACAUCGAGAGCUUUGUCCCACCCAAGGCUGCACCCGUCCCACCUGCGGCACCCGCAGCUGCCCCUGCCGCCCCUGCUGCCCCUGCCGCCGCCGCCCCUUCUGCCCCUGCCCCCACGCCCGUCCCUGCAGUGGCCGCCGUGCCCACGGGCACCUUCACAGACAUCCCCAUCAGCAACGUUCGCAGGAUAAUAGCACAGAGGUUGAUGCAGUCCAAACAGACGAUCCCUCACUAUUACCUCUCUGUGGAUGUUAAUAUGGACCAAGUUCUGGAACUGAGGAAGGAACUCAAUCAGGAGGUAAAAGUAGACAACAUCAAGCUCUCGGUGAAUGACUUUAUCAUCAAAGCCUCGGCCCUGGCCUGUCUGAAGGUCCCUGAGGCAAACUCCUCCUGGAUGGACACCGUGAUCCGCCAGAACCACGUGGUUGACGUCAGCGUUGCAGUCAGCACCGACAACGGCCUGAUCACGCCCAUCGUGUUCAACGCCCACGUCAAGGGCCUGGCGGCCAUCUGCAAAGACGUGAGUUCGCUGGCCGCCAAGGCGCGCGAAGGCAAGCUGCAGCCGCACGAAUUCCAGGGCGGCACCUUCACCAUCUCCAACCUGGGCAUGUUCGGCAUCAAGAACUUCUCAGCCAUCAUCAACCCUCCACAGGCCUGCAUUCUGGCUGUGGGGGGCUCAGAGAGGAGACUACUGCCCGCAGACAACGAGAAAGGGUUCGAUGUGGCCAACAUCAUGUCCGUCACCCUGAGCUGUGACCACCGGGUGGUUGACGGGGCAGUGGGGGCCCAGUGGCUGGCAGAGUUCCGCAAGUUCCUGGAGAAGCCCGUCACCAUGCUGCUGUGAUCGCUCCGGGCAACCACCCCCCCCAUUCCCAAAAUACUCCGAUCAGGGCAACCUACUCCCAAGAUUCACACUCCAGCCCCAAAACCCCCAAAAAUAUACCCACCUCUCUCUUUUCUCCCUGUCUUUCUCUGUCUCACACUCUCACAUGCGACUACAUGAAGUUUCAUUUCAACCAUGCCGAGGCUAUGUUUAGGGGUUCUCCCAUCUGUUGAGGUUUUGAAAACUCCAGGAUGGGACAAGCAGAGGCUCCACAGUCAGUGUUGUGCUUUAUGUUCCAGGUCUGUCGUAGUUUCUUCUGCAGUAGUCUGCCUGGCUCUGAGAUAUGAAGCAGAUGUUUGUUGUAGUGAGGACAGGGCCAGGUAGGUCAUUGACAAGCAAAGCUAUCAUUUCCAUCGCCUCAGUUUUGUGAGGCAUUAGCAUUUAAAUGGUCACAGGACAGGGACUUGUGUGCCAAACCAUCAGGGGUCCUCUGUGAAAGUCGUCUUGGCACAUUUCGGGGACCUUCUCUACCUCUGGUCGUUACCGUUCCUCCAAAACCGUCAGACAGGUGUGACUCUCUCUGUUGCUGUUUCCAUGGACACAUGAUGAGUUGUGUUACGGGGCCUUCAAACAUGGUGUCUAUUAAAUGUACUGUACUUGAAUACAAGAACACGGUUUAUUUAUUUAUCUUGGUUAACUUUCACUCCUGACAAUUAUUUGCAUGACUGUUCUUUAUUUUCUAAUGGGAAGUGGGGAGUUUUCAAAAAAGAAAAAGGAUUUAUGUCUUUAAUGUCAAAGAUACAUAACAAAUAGGCCUGCGGGGAGCCUUCAUUAAGGAACUGUCACAGAACUGAGGGAAUGGGCUUUAAAAACUAGGGAAACUUUGCGUGUUUGUCAGAGAGGUGUUCCACUACAGACAAACAGGAAGUCCCUGGUCAGUACUUCCUGUUGGUAGGAAUUCUGAAAAGAUGGCUAUUACAAGUAGCAGGACUGGUAAUAAAUAUAUUUUACCUUAAGGGAGGUGUAAUUAUGAUAUGAACAAAAUGUAUGACAUUCUGUACAUGACAGAAAACUUCACAAGCAUUUGCAAAUAUGUACUAGUUUGUUACAAGUGGGACUGAAAAAAGCAAGGAAUGUUCUAUAUAUGUAUGUUGCUUAGCCUUAAGUGCAUUUGUCCCACAGCUGACCUCAUAUGUUGGUUUUUGAAUGAGAGGUAGGAGGCGUAUGAGAGUUUUAGACUGUUUGAUGAAGUGAACAUGUCCAGGCUCCAAGUUCUCUCUUUACACCCCAAAACUUAGGUCUUAUUGGAAUGCUCAUCUGUAAAAUGAUGUACUUUGAUCUACAGAAAAGACAUAGCACUUCCAAGCCAUAGUAUACUGUAUGUAUUAGUUUAAAGGCAGACAUGUCAGAAAACUAAAUAAAUUAUUUGAUAUUUUCUCCAGUA